AUGGAGAUGGACAAGGAGGAGAAGGACACGGGGAUGGACAGGGAGAAGAGCAAGGAGAUGGAGAAGAAGGACAAGGAGAAGGAGAAGGAAAUGGAGAAGGAGAAGGACAUGGGGAUGAAGAGGGAGAAGGACAAGGAAAUGGAGAAGAAGGACAAGAAGGAGAAGGACACGGGGAUUAAGAGGGAGAAGGAGAAGGAAAAGGAGAAGGAUAAGGAGAAGGACACGGGGAUGGACAGGGAGAAGAAUAAGGACAAAGAGAAGGAUGAGAUGGACAAGAAGGACAAGGAGAAAGAGAAGGAAAUGGAGAAGGACAUGGGGAUGAACAGGGAGGAGGACAAGGACAUGGACAAGAAGGAGAAGGAUAAGGAGAAGGAUGAGAAGGACGAGGAGAAGGAGAUGGACAAGGACAAGGAGAUGGACAAGAAGGAGAAGGAAAAGGAUAAGGAGGACACGGGGAUGAACAGGGAGAAGGACAAGGACAAAGAGAAGGACGAGAUGGACAAGAAGGACAAGGAGAAGGAAAUGGAGAAGGAGAAGGAGAAGGACACGGGAAUGGACAGGGAGAAGGAUAAGGAAAAGGAAAAGGAAAUGGAGAAGGAUAAGGAGAAGAAGGAGGACACGGGGAUGAAGAGGGAGAAGGAGAAGAAC